AUGGCAGAAAAAGGUGCCCCCAAAGCUGAGUCGGACUCCGACUAUCAGUCCUAUCACAAGCCAGAAGUAUACGAGAAAAUAAAAUGGAAUGGCUGGGGUGACUACGGUGUCGAGAUGAAGUUGGACCCUGAGCACGCCUUCUGGGCUCGCCACAUAGAUGGCAAGCCAAUCAAAAAAAUUCUUCGCUUCCUUCACGAGGAGAUCCGUGGUGGCGUUGGGCCGAUGGAAGUACCCCCUCUCUCGCCAAGCAUCACGGUUAAAGAGGCCAUCGCGAAGCUUAACGUGCCGUAUAUCAACGAGGCCUUUAUGAAAGAUAUCACCGCCGCGCUAGACAGCACGCAGGUGCGGCCCGACGCGAUGAGUCGUCUAUGUCAUAUCGCGGGGAAGAACUACCGUGAUCUUUGGCGGAUACGCAAAGGGAUCGUCGAGAAGGCCCCUGAUUGUAUUCUUCUACCCAACCACCACGCCGACUGCGUGAAGAUUGUGGAGCUGGCGCACAAACACAACGUCGUGAUCAUCCCCUUUGGUGGCGGCACCAACGUCACGGGUGGCGUCGAGGCGAACCCGAUGGAGCAGAAGCGGAUGAUCGUUUCCGUCGACAUGCGCCGCAUGAACCGGAUGCUGGCGAUCAACAAGGAAUCCCACAUGGCCACGUUUGAGACGGGUGUGCUGGGGCCCGACCUCGACAAGCAGCUGUUUGGCCACGGCCUGAUGUGCGGCCACGAUCCGGACAGUUACGUGCACUCGACGCUUGGGGGGUGGAUUGGGGCACGGGGCAGUGGGGCGAUGUCGAAUCAAUACGGCGAUAUUGAAAACAUGGUGGUGGCCCUGAAGGUGGUCACGCCCAACGGCGUCAUCGAGACCCCGGUGACCUCCCGGACGUGUGGAGUUGGUCUUAAUGAUCUUUUCAUCGGCUCUGAGGGGGCCUUUGGUAUUAUAACCGAGGCCACCAUAAAAGUAGAGGAUAUUCCGGAAGAAAAGUAUUACGAAGGCUACCUUUUUCCCAACUUCGAAACCGCCUUUGACGCCUUCCUCAAAUGCAACAACAAGGGCAUCAGGCCAUGUACAAUGCGCCUGUACGAUGAGGAUGACUUCCGCAUGAGCAGCGCGAUGAGUACCGAUACGCACGGUCCGCUGGGGUCACUCGCGCUCAAGGGCGUAAAAGCGUACCUCGAGUCUGUAAAAGGAUGGGAUAUGCGCAAGGUGAGCCUUGUGAUAGUGGGUUGCGAGGGCACCAAACGGCGGGUGCAGUUUCAGCGCAAGGAGGUGGCAGCUGUGUUAAAAAAGUUCGGCGCCUUCGGGGUCGGCAGGAGCGCGGGGGAUUCGUGGCAAGAGAAAAAAUAUGAUCUGCCCUACGUUCGGGAUUUCAGUCUCUCCCUUACUCAUUGGGCGGAUGUUUUUGAAACGAGCGUGCUGUACUCCCACGCGAUCCCGUGCUGGCGUGCCGUGAAGGAGGCCGUGAGGCAGGUUUGGAAGGAAAAUGGUCGGCAUGGGUGGAUUGGGUGCCACACGGCUCACCAGUAUAAACACGGAUGCUGUCUGUAUUUUACCUUUGCCAGUUCACAGAAAGACGACAACGACAUGAAGAUCUUCUUGCAAAUCAAAACGCGUGCCGUAGAGGCGAUGCUCAAGUACACAGGUAACCUGACCCAUCACCACGGCAUUGGCUACGAGCAUGUGCCAUGGAUGUACCGCUUCAUGGGAAAGGGUUGCAUGGACCUUCUUAUGUCAAUCAAGAAAAAGUUGGAUCCCAAAAACAUCUGCAACCCUGGGAAGCUACUUCCCUCGAUACCGCAAGACAACGAAACGGAUGCCCAAUUAAAGGCUCGUCAAGAACGCGAAAUGAUGUUUGACAAGAUGGGUGUCCCAGGUUCAAUAAAGUCUCAUCUUUGA